CCUCUUGACACCAAAGACAGUGAAGAAGAAGAAGUGGCAUUGCCUACCAGGGUUUAGCUGUUUCCUCAUGAGAAAGAGAGGGACAAACCAGAACUAAAGGGAGAACCACAUGAUUUCAACACGCCAAGGCAGAAUGAUCAAACGCUGCUGAGUAAUUGAACUGAAGAGGUUUCUCAUCUCAACGGAUUCCUCCUGAUAAAUUAGCUGCUAUGGACUGCCGGCAUCUGGCUCCAGGAAUAAUCCUACUAUUCGUCAAACUUACGGGGACCUCCCUGUUUCUUGUUUUCAUGCCAGGCAUCUUCCCUCAUGGGAAUGUCAGUUUUGUUCAUGAGGACAACUGGACAGUAUUGCAUACUACAGAAAGCCUGCCCAAGGUGACGACUAAUAUUCCUGUGAGAACCACAGCUUCAACCACACAAAAAGCUCCUGCAGCUCCUCUUCCUUUGAAGUGGGAAGGAUAUCAAGGGAGUCUUUACUGGUUUUCUGAAACCAUGGAAAUCUGGUCCGGCAGCCGAAUCAGAUGCAAGCAGCAGAAUUCUGACCUAGUGAUCAUCAGGGACAAAAAUGAACUGGAAUUUAUUUUUAAUAAAACAAUAUCAUUGGAAUAUUUCAUUGGGCUGUCAUAUUCAGAGGAUGACAGAAAAUGGGAAUGGACUGAUCAGACCGAACUCCAAAAAAAUCUCUUUACAAUGAAACAAACUGAAGUGGGAAAUGAGUGUGCGUCUGUCAUGGCAAGAGAAGUGAGGCAAACAUCAUGCUUUCAGGAAAGCCACUGGAUCUGCAAGAAAUUAUAACCGCCAAAAGAUUCCAAUUCAGUGACAUUCCAGAAGAGACAAACUAUGAGCACAAAUUCCUGAUUAUUAAAAGGGUAUAUUUUACCAUGA